UCUCCUCCAGGGAUGGAGAUUACUGACUAUUAUGGGCAAGGGAUUAAUUUGUAGCCAAUUACAACCCACUGCUAAAUAUGAAUGCAUAAAUAAGAUACAGCCUUGUCUGUGUGUGUGGGUGAGAGAGAGGGGGGUGUGGGGGACACAACUGUUUAGGUAGCUGCGUGAGGAUGAUGAGAAGAAAGAAGGAGCAACUGAGUGGAGCAUCGCUCUCUGACUUCCUUUAUCCACGGGAGACUCCAGUUCAGGGUGGACCUAGCCCCGUGAAACCCUGCAGACCUAGAGGAACCAGCUCGCCUCUGUGCUAACCUGACGAUAAACAAAGCAGCUCCCGAGCUGAUUGCAAGACCGGAGUUUCCAGCUGAAGUUCGUGGGAAGGGGAAGAGUUGCAAGUGGAAGGGGCGGUGGAAAGAGUCAUGAAUGCGAGCAGAGACAAGACUCCGGGGGGUGACAUCUCUAUCCCAGCAGCAGCGGCAAGCCAGGCUGGCAUUGUAGUGGAGCCAGUGUCCGGCUGCCUUCACGGGGAAAGCAUGGAAAGCCACGGGGACCAGAGACUUUCUUCCAGCAACGAGCUCCCGGUCUAUUCGUGUCCUGGAAAUAGAGACAGGCCAGGCGACAAUCAGAGCAACACCCCUGGACAAGAGGGGGCAGGAGCAGCCCUGCCAGUGGUCCACAGAACCACCUCUUUUUCGGUGCUGGACAUCCUGGAUCCCAACAAAUUCAACAGCAAGAAGAGGCGCUGUUCUGUGUUGUACAAAUCCGCAGGGAGCGAAUGCACUCUAGGGGCAGAGGAUAAACCCGAGGAGUCAGGAACGGAACUAGCAGAUCCAAAGGCUCUGGCUGAAGAUUUUGAAACGUGCAAAAAGUCCUCGGACUUACUCAAGGAUGGGGAGCUGUACAAGGCCGAGGAGUGCGACCUGGACUACGGCAGCAGGCCCAGCCCCAGCCCGGAGAGCGAGCUGCAGGACGAGGAGGAGCUGUGCAGCGAGGAGAGCAGCAGCAGCAGCAGCAGCCUGGGCGGCGUGGGGGAGUCCGGCGAGGCAGAGCCCGGCCACCAGCCGGAGGACCGGGAGCCAGGCAGCCAGCAGCAGCAGCAGCCGCAGCCGCCGGCCCAGCCUCCUGCCCCCGGCGGGGGCCCGCAGGCCAAGCCCAAGAGGAAGCGCACGGGCUCGGACUCCAAGUCGGGCAAGCCCCGGCGGGCGCGGACCGCUUUCACCUACGAGCAGCUGGUGGCGCUAGAGAACAAGUUCAAGUCCACGCGGUACCUGUCGGUCUGCGAGCGCCUCAACCUGGCGCUGUCGCUCAGCCUGACCGAGACCCAGGUCAAGAUCUGGUUCCAGAACCGCCGCACCAAGUGGAAGAAGCAGAACCCGGGCGCCGACACCAGCGCCCCGACGGGCGGCGGGGCAGGCGGCGGCGGGGCCGGAGGAGGCUUGGGGGGAGGCGGCCUGGGCGGGGGGCUGAGCCCGCUCAGCCACUCGCCGCCCAUGGGCAACCCGCUCUCCAUGCACGGCCCCGGGGGCUACCCGGGGCACCCCACCGGGGGGCUGGUGUGCGCUGCCCAGCUGCCCUUCCUGCCCAGCCCCGCCGUCCUCUCGCCCUUUGUCCUGGGCUCGCAGACUUACGGGGCUCCGGCCUUCUACACCCCGCACCUAUAAA